GCGGUGAUGCUCCUGGUUGGUUGGCUGGUUGCUAACCGCCAAUCAAAUCAGAAGAAGAAGAAGAAGAAGAAGAAGAGGAAAAAAAUGAGUUUUGUCUUGUGACCCGCUGAAGAGGAAGCGGCCGAAAGAGCUCCUGCUGUUCGCAGUAUCCAUCAUUUUGCAGUAAUGUCUGGUCUGGUCUUGUCAAAGAGAUGGCUACCUGCUCACCUGCUCCUCCUGUGGAUGCUGAACAACAUCUCUGAGUCCAGAGUAUAUUUCUUUGCUCCUGAUGCUGUCACACUUGAGGAAUAUUCUAAAGCCAACAUCACCAUAACUUCAAGUUCCCCCAUCAACAAUUCAGCUGUGAUUCACUUAAAUGUAACCUACAGCUCCAAAUGGAACUACUCAUCUAUAAUCACAGUGCCUGACCAGGUGUUGCUGCCACUGGAGGCAACCUCAGUCAGUUUCAAUGUGACUACCCAUGAUGUCGGUCAGGUGACUACAUAUGUGCUUAGCAACAACACAGACCUCAACAGCUUGUCCAUCAGGAUCCGCUUUAUGGUUGUUCAUAGCAACAUCCUGACAGUCAUCAGUCAGGUGAUUGGCUGGAUUUACUUUCUGGCUUGGUCAGUGUCCUUCUAUCCACAAGCCUGGGAAAACUGGAGGAGGAAAAGUGUUGUAGGUCUCAACUUUGACUUCCUGGCUCUCAACCUAACUGGCUUCAUCGCAUACAGUGUCUUCAAUAUAGGGCUGUUCUGGGUUCCUUAUAUAAAGGAGGAGUUUUUGAAGAGGAACCCAAAUGGAAUAGACCCUGUCAGUGCUAAUGAUGUCUUCUUCAGUCUCCAUGCAGUCCUGCUGUGUUUCAUCUACAUCAUCCAGGCUGCUGUGUAUGAGAGGGGGGGUCAAAAGGUUUCCUGGACAGCCAUAAUCUUGUUGCUGAUUGGUUGGACAUUUGCCUUGGUCAGCCUGUUUCUUGCUGCAGCCAAACAGAUCACCUGGUUGGAUUGCCUCUACUAUUUCUCCUACAUUAAACUAGCAGUCACUCUGAUCAAAUAUGCGCCGCAGGCAUACAUGAACUACAGAAGACAGAGUACUGAGGGGUGGAGUAUUGGCAAUGUGUUGCUGGACUUUACUGGUGGAACUCUUAGUAUUCUACAGAUGAUCCUAGAGUCUUACAACAAUGACGAGUGGAGGCUGAUAUUUGGUGAUCCUACAAAGUUUGGUCUCGGUCUGUUCUCUGUGGUGUUUGACGUCCUCUUCAUGACUCAGCACUACUGUCUCUACAGACAGCCACCACAGUAUGAAGCUGUUGGAGAGCAACAAGAGGACUGAUGAUGACUCGGUGCUGUGUGGAUAAACUCGUGUCUGAUUUGUAUCCAGCUUGAGCUCAGUGGGCCGCCUCCUUAAAUAUCUCAGGAUCAGCACUUGUUCUUUACCACUGUAUGAAACUUUUUUGGUUGAUAGAAGGUACAAGAAAAACUGUUGUAUUGAUAUCAGUGCAAACACUUUCUAUUAAAUGCAAUAUCACAGCUGAA